GUUAAGAUGGAGCCGGGCGACGCCGAUUUCCUGGCCUCGUUCCGGUUCCACCCCAGUGGCUUGCGGUCCGUGAAGGAGGACCUCUACCUCAUCGAUCCGGUCUUUUGGAGCAAGAACGUCAGCAAGGUGGGUGUUCCGCCGGUCGAGGUCGCGGAGGAGAAGCAGGAGCCCGAGUCCUCGGUGCAGAUCGAGAAGGAGCCCGUGAUGGAGCCUGCGGCCGAGAUCGAGAAGGAGCCCGUGACGGAGCCUGCGCCCGAGGAGCCCAAGGACCUGGAGCCCGCGGAGCAGCCCCGGCCCUUGGACUCAAGCGAUUCCGAAGGCGAUGCUGUGGAGACUGCAGGGCCGGUGCCGGGCCUGCGCACCACCGACAAGGGCGACGGCUGGCACGAGCUCAGGGCCAGGACGCUUGAGGAGUACCAGGCCGACUUGGAGAUCAUCAAGCGCAGGCUGAACGACGGCACCAUCGACCAAGGUCAGCCUCCGCUGGUCGCCGACGAG